AUGGUGGACCGCCUGGCCAACAGCGAGGCCAACUCCAAGCGCAUCUCGGCGGUGGAGGGUUGCUUCGGCGCGGCGGGCCAGCCGCUGGCCAUCCCGGGCCGCGUCCUGAUCGGCGAAGGCGUGCUGACCAAGCUGUGCCGCAAGAAGCCCAAGGCGCGUCAGUUUUUUCUCUUCAACGACAUCCUGGUCUACGGCAACAUCGUGCUCCAGAAAAAAAAGUACAACAAGCAGCACAUCAUCCCGCUGGAGAGCGUCACCAUCGACACGGUGCCCGACGAGGGCGACCUGCGCAACGGCUGGCUCAUCAAGACCCCAACCAAGUCCUUCGCCGUCUACGCCGCCACCGCCAGCGAGAAGUCCGAGUGGAUGAACCACAUCGGCGAGUGUGUGCGCGAGCUCCUGCGCAAGAGCGGCAAGGCGCCGGCCGGCGAGCACGCCGCCGUCUGGGUGCCCGACUCGGAGGCCGCCGUCUGCAUGCGCUGCCAGAAGGUCAAGUUCACGCCCGUCAGCAGGAGGCACCACUGCCGCAAGUGCGGCUUCGUGGUCUGCGGGCCCUGCUCCGACAAAAAGUACCUGCUGCCCAGCCAGUCUUCCAAGCCCGUACGCGUCUGCCACUUUUGCUACGGCCAGCUGCUGGACGGCGGGCGCGACACUGCCGCCGCCACGCGGCCCGUGGACUUCGGACGCGUCUCUGACGAUGAGGACGACGACGACGACGACAGCAGCGACUGA